AUGGAUUUUGAUGAACGGAUCUCUGGCUCCAAUAUGUAUUUACCGAGUUGCACUUACUACGUCUCCGGAGCAGAGUUCUCGGGUCUCCCUCAUUAUUUAACCCAGAGCCAGUCCUCUUGCCCCAUGACAUACUCCUACCAGUCCUCAGCUCUGCCACAGGUCCCAUCCGUGAGAGAUGUGGCUUUCAGAGACUAUGGCAUUGAUACUUCAAGUAAAUGGCACCACAGCAGGGGGAGCCUAUCGCACUGCUUCGCUGAGGACAUCGUGCACAGGGAAAGCUGGACGAGCCCGACCUCUCGGGGGGGAGAGAUCCUGGUGAAAGGCAGCCCCAGCUCCAGCCACUGCAGCUCCUCCAACCCGACGCCCAGCUUCUAUGGCAGCGUUGGCAGGAACGGGGUCCUGCCACAGGCGUUCGAUCAGUUUUUCGACACUGCCUACGGGAGCGCAGAGAACGGCGCAACGCCGACGGCACACGCGACAGACACGGAGAGACACGCCAAAGCAAGCCCAGCUCCUGCGCACCCGGGCUCCGACACGGCGGAGAGCUGCAGCCCCAAGUCGUCCUCCGGCCACAGCGAGGAGAAGCAGAGCAAAAGCAGUGGCCAGAGGACGCGCAAGAAGAGAUGUCCAUACUCCAAAUAUCAGAUCAGGGAACUGGAGAGAGAGUUCUUCUUCAGUGUUUACAUCAACAAAGAGAAGCGUCUGCAGCUUUCGCGGAUGCUCAACCUGACAGAUCGCCAGGUCAAGAUUUGGUUCCAAAACAGAAGGAUGAAGGAGAAGAAACUGAACAGAGACCGUUUACAGUACUACACCACGAACCCCCUGCUAUAA